UUCUUCCUGAUAACCACCCGUUCUCAACAUUGCUCAUCCGUAUGUAUCAUAUUGCCAAUGCACAUCAGGGAUUAGAGACCGUCGUUAACAGUAUUAAAGAACGUCACCGCAUUUUGAAGAUUCGUUCGCAAGUAAAGAAGUACACGAUGUCCUGUGUGAAGUGUCGAGAGCUAAGAGCAAAACCAGCCGUUCCGCAGAUGGGCAUCUUGCCAAUGGAGCGCACAACGCCGUUCGUGUAUCCGUUUACCUGUACGGGCAUCGAUUACUUCGGGCCGAUGGCUGUGAAGGUCGGCCGUCGUGUCGAGAAAAGGUGGGUAGUGCUGUUUACUUGCAUGACGUCAAGAGCAGUACAUUUGGAGGUGGUCCCAUCACUCGAUACAAGCAGCUGUAUAAUGGCAAUUCGCUGCUUCAUGUCGAUUCGUGGACUGCCACAGUGCAUCAUGACUGAUAAUGGGACCAACUUCACCGGUGCUAACCAAGAGUUGAAGACACUGGUGAAGACGCUGGAUCAUCCACAGAUUGAAGAAUCAUUGAGUGUUAGAGGUGUUCAAUGGAAGUUUAUACCGCCUGGUGCUCCUCAUUUUGGAGGCUGCUGGGAGCGAUUGGUACGUUCCGUUAAAACUGCUCUUCGUGCGAUGUUGCAGGAACGACAACCCACCGACUUGGUGCUACGUACUGCUUUGUGCGAGGCAAUGAACACAGUAAACAACCGACCGUUGACGCAUGUUGCAGAUGACCCGUUGGAUCCAGAACCGUUGACACCGAACAUGUUGCUGCUAGGACGAAACAAUACAAUCCAAUUCGACCAUGAUUUCGAUGAACGAGACCUAAGCUGCCGUGCUGCGUAUAAGCAUGCUCAGAUUUACGCGGAUCGUUUCUGGCGUAGAUGGGUUGCAGAGUAUCGUCCGGAGCUGAUCCGAAGUCGCAAGUGGCCUGACAGCAGAAGCUAUCACGACUACAAAGUUGGUGACAUCGUGAUGAUAGUAGAUGAAAGUUUGCAUCGUGGUACCUGGCCAAAAGGUGUGGUGGAAAAGGUCUAUCGUGGUCCGGACGGGAAGGUUAGGACAUUGUUGGUCAGAACGAUGAAGUCAACCUACAAGCGUCCAGUCAGUAAGAUUGUUUUGCUGCAAGCCAUCAGUUCGGUUCCUGGCCUGGAGAAUGUUGCCAACACUGCAAGCACCUAGUUUUGCUCGGGUACCGGGCUUCCAAGGAAACAGCAAAAAACAAACCGCAGGAGGCGAAGUACGUGUAUGUACUGAUCGGGAAUAGAGGAAUCUGGAUUUGGAGUUCCGUUCCCAGCACGCAGCUAAACUGAGUCUGGUCCUUCUUCCGCAGGUGAGCACUGUCCCGCUGUUUGCUACCAGGA